CGCAUACUUAAGGCUUAAAAUGGCGAGUGGAAGGAGGGCACUGCACUAUGUGUUCAAAAUAGCAGACAGAGAUGCAACGGUUAAAUUCUAUCGGGAUAUUUUGGGUAUGAAGGUAUUGAGACACGAAGAAUUUAAUGAGGGCUGCAAGGCAGCUUGCAAUGGGCCUUAUGAUGGCCUUUGGAGCAAGUCUAUGGUUGGUUAUGGUGAAGAAGAUUCUCAUUUUGUGGCUGAACUCACUUACAAUUAUGGGAUCAAAUCGUACAAAAAAGGAAAUGAUUUUAAAUGCAUAUCUAUACAUUCCAGAAAUGCAUUCAGCAAACUACAGCAGUCAGGAAUGAAGUAUAGCAAAGAGAGUGACGACAGCCUGAAGGUUGAUGGUCCUGGUGGAUAUACAUUUAUCUUAUAUGACAAAAACUCCUCUACAAGGGACCCUGUUCAAUCAGUAUGCUUGAGUGUCACAGACCUAGAGAGAUCUAAAAGUUAUUGGGCUGAUCUCCUUGGAAUGACAAUAUUUGCACAAAACGAAAACUUCCUCACAUUAGGCUAUGCUCCUGAGCAGGCCAAACUUGUAUUGGAGAGAAUUAGUGAGCCAAUGGAUCAUGCAGAAGCAUAUGGAAGAAUUGCUUUUUCAUGUCCAAGAGCUCAGCUUCCUGAUAUUGAGAAAGCUGUCAGUGAUAAAGGAUGGAAGAUAUUGACUCCACUGGUUAGCUUAGACACUCCGGGUAAAGCUACUGUUGAAGUAGUCAUACUGGCUGAUCCAGAUGGACACGAAAUCUGUUUUGUGGGUGAUGAAGCUUUUAGAGAGCUGCCAAAAGUUGAUCCAAAAGCAGACCAGCUAAUGGAUGAAGCAAUUGCAGGUGACAAGAGUGUCGCAUGGUUUGCUGAGAAGGAGCUUAAAAAAGCGAAAAAACUGGAACAAGAAAAUUAAUCCUAAUAAUUAUAAAUGUUGCAUGUGCAUUGUAAAAUGAAUAUUGUGUAAACAU